AGACAUUACUCAAAAUAAUAUCAAAAUGACUUCAACCCGGUGACCAUUAAAAUCAGAUUCAAUCCAGUCCAAAUUCGAUUUGAACAGAAUGUUACCCGAUAACCGGAUAAAACCGUCUAAUUAAACCGAACCAUACUCUUUUGCACCCCUACCGGCUACCACAAAUCAAAGAUGCCACCAUCACCAUGGAGCAUGCAAACCUGCCGCCGCCCGCAGCUGCCACCACCGUGCCCGACGCGCAGAAAAGGGAAGGAAAAAAGCUUCCGAAAAAAGAAGGAAAAAGAAAAUGGAGGCUUCUGGAAUCCGUUGUCCCCCGGCGCCGUUGGCUCUUCCCCUCAAAAUUUCGUCUCGACGCUCCGUUGCAUCAGGAACGGCCUUCUCCUCGCCGCCUCGGCGAACAAAACUGAUGGCGGAGACAAGCAAGGUAGAUAAGAAGCCUGAAAUCUGCACCGCCGACGAGCUGCACCGCAUCGACGCUUACAAUUCCGACUGGAAACUCGCUCUCUGGCGCUACCUUCCCUCUCCUUCCACCAUGACAAGGAAACAUCCGCUGUUACUGUUGUCCGGAGUUGCAACCAAUGCCGUCGGUUACGAUCUCUGUCCGGAGUCCUCAUUUGCUCGUUUCAUGUCCGGCCAAGGAUUCGACACUUGGGUUCUGGAACUUCGAGGAUCUGGUUUGAGUACAUUUCGAGUGGGCAUUGGGGAAGAUUCAGAUGCCUCUUUGGGGGAAAGUAAAGGCAGGUUGGAACAAAGGCCCUCUGAAUCGUUCAUGAACGGGGCUGACAGAUUGUCGAGCUUCUUUGACGACGGGGUAAGCUCCAAGAUUGGCAGCCAAAUAAGGAACUUAAGCCAAAAGCUUCUAGAUGUUAUAGAAGGAAGUCAGCAAUUUGUUUCUCCCAAUGUCGGUGGGUUCCAAGGUCUUUUCCCUUCCGAGUUAGAAGAUGUUAUUAAACAACUAGACAUGGUUUCCAAGUGUGAUUGGGACCUUGACCAUCAUCUGGAAGAGGAUUUGCCAUCCGCGGUGGAGUAUAUCAGGACUCAAAGCAAACCAAAUGACGGACAGAUUUUUGCAAUUGGGCACUCCAUGGGAGGGAUUCUUCUUUAUGCAAUGCUAUCGCGCUCUUGUUCUCAAGGUAGAGAUUCUGGACUGACUUCGAUUGUCACUUUGGGGUCAACACUUGAUUACACACCUUCAAACUCAUCACUCAAAUUUCUCCUCCCAGUGGCAAACCCUGCGAGGGCUCUCAACGUUCCUGCUAUUCCUGUUGGGACACUGAUUGCUGCUGCUUAUCGCUUCUCAUCUAGUCCUCCAUAUGUCCUUUCAUGGUUAAAGGCUCAAGUUACUGCUCAGGGCAUGCUUCACCCUCAGGCACUGGCAAAGCUUGUUUCCAACAGCUUUUGCACAGUGCCUGCGAAACUCUUACUUCAGCUGACAACAGCAUUCCAACAGGGUGGGCUAACAGAUAGAAGUGGGAACUUUCUGUACAAGCAACACCUUAAAAAGAGUAAGGUUCCCGUGUUGGCAAUCGCUGGAGAUCAAGAUUUUAUUUGUCCUCCAACAGCUGUUUAUGAGACAGUGAAGUCUAUACCUGAGCAUUUGGUUAUGUAUAAAGUUUUUGGGGGAACCUGGGGGUCCUCACUACGGGCACUAUGAUCUGGUGGGAGGUCGUUGGGUAAGAACUGAUCUCUUAGGCUUCCUAUUGGAUGCUUACAAUUUGAUGAAACAAAUCCAUAAUAACUUCCUCAAAGAACCCUUUUCUUUUUCAUUUUCGAUGAAUCUAUGAAAGGAACGUUUGUUUUCAAGAAAGAAGGAUCGUAGAACACAAUCGUACUGAGUAUUAAUCUGUUUUGUUUUCUUUUUUGGGUUCAAUCUGCAGGCCUAUCACGAAGUGUAUCCGUGCAUAAUCGAUUUUCUGAGUCGCCACGAUGUAUGAAUGCAGAUUUCCAGAUACAAAAUUUGUUAGUGGUUCUGGCUCACUGGUAUCCCCUAUACAUACAUACAUACAUAAAUAGAAGGAUGAAUGUUGGGAGAUGUUGCUAGAAGAGGUGUAAUUAGUUGGUCAGGACUUGGGGUUAAUAGAGAGAACUAAUAAAAUGUUUGUUGUAUAGCGUAGUUUUAGUAGCAGAUAUAUGACACAGACAGAACCUGAGUUUGGCAUAAUGGGGGAGACGUCGAUCUGUCACCUGCUGCCAGGUUCAUAUAAUUGAGCAGUAAAUAACAAUAUAAGAU